AUGGAAAGUGUAUUAUCACCGCCGUCUUCGUUUUGCUUCGAUAAGAAUGCAUCGGAUGCCGGGAGCCUCAAUGAGAGAUGGACAAAAUGGAAGCGAAGUUAUGAAAUUUACAGUAAAGCGUGCGAGAUAACCAAGAAGCCAAUAGAAAUUCAAGUGAAUAUUCUGUUGCAUGUGGUGGGUGAACAGUGUCGAGAUAUUUUGGAUCGUUUGCCGGACAAAUGUACGACUAUUGAACAAGUUUGGAAAACGUUAGAUGAGCAAUUUCAAACAAAACGGAAUGUUACGGUCGAGCGUCACAAGUUUUUUAUGCGUCAUCAACAAGACAAUGAAUCCAUUGAACAGUACGUUUUUGAGCUAGGAAAGUUAGCUCAAACGUGUGAAUUUCGUGAUUUACAUGAUGAACUUAUCAAGGAUCGAUUGGUAUGUGGCAUUUCGAGUACGGCAAUUCGUGAACGCUUGCUAAGAGAAGAUGAUUUGUCGUUAAAAAAGGCUAUGGAUAUUUGUCGUGCAGCUAUCGCAUCACGGACGUACUCGGAAAAAAUCAAACCUGAAAGGGAAGAGACGCAAUUGUAUAACGUUCAUCAAGUGAAUCGAUCGCAGAAAGAUGUUUCAUUUGUGAAGUCGAAGAUGACGUCAUCAAGAGGGCGAGCUCGGAGCGCGGGACGCGAUGUGGCGGCGGAGCCGGAGAACGUGCGGCGCGCCGCGCGCUGGCGAGGCGGACGGGCGCCGACGGAGGCGCGCUCUCCGCGUGCGCUUGCGCCGCGGCCACGCGGGCGCCUCCUAGCGCCGAGCGAGUUCAACGUGAACCAGUGGCGUGCGGUUCCGGGUUCUAGUAAAAUGUGUAAUUAUUGUGGAAUUGUGCAUAAAAAGUUUGAGUGCCCGGCAUAUGGUCAAAGGUGUGUGCGGUGUUCAGGGAUGAAUCAUUUUGCCCGCGUUUGUGGCGUACAUUAUGUCGAGGAAUCUGACGAACAGGUAAUCUAUUCCCUAAGUAAUAGUAGUGAUUGGAAUCUUAGCUUAAAAAUAUGUGGAACUUGGAUUAGAUUUAAAUUAGAUACAGGAGCUGAUGUAAAUGUUUUGCCGUUACAUUAUUUUGAAAAGUUAAAUAUAGGCCAGGAGUGUUUAUUGCAGACAAAAACAAAGUUAAGUGGUUAUUCCGGGGCAAGCAUAGACGUCCUGGGAAAAAUAUUUCUAUAUGUGAGUUACAAGGACAAAACUUAUUUGCUCGAAUUCAAAGUAGCCAGAGUUCAGUCUGUACCCAUACUGGGACGUCAUGCUUGUACGGAAUUAGACGUAGUUAGGCGUGUCAUGUCGGUACAGAGUAAUGAUAACAGUCCAGGUUUUAUAACGAAGUUUGAGGACGUAUUUCAAGGUCUUGGAUGCUUACCGGGUCAAUAUAAAAUACAUUUAAAGGACGAUGCUGUUCCUGUCGUACAUGCGCCGAGGAAGUUACCGUUUGCUAUUAAGGAGGAUGUAAAGAAAAAAUUAAAUGAAAUGGAAUCGCAGAAGAUAAUUACUAAAGUUGAGGGUCCAUCUGAUUGGGUUAGCAGUAUUACGGUAGUUAAAAAACCUAAUGGUGACUUGCGUAUAUGCUUAGAUCCCAAGGAGUUAAAUCAAGCAAUUAAGCGGGAACAUUUUAGGUUACCAACCUUGGAUGAAAUUCUAUCAAGGUUAUCGGGAGCUAGAUAUUUUAGUACCUUAGACGCUUCCUCGGGCUUUUGGAAUAUUGCUUUAGAUGACACAAGCAGUUCGUAUUGUACGUUUAAUACUCCAUUUGGGAGGUACAAGUUCUUGAGGAUGCCUUUUGGAAUUUGUUCAGCAUCGGAAGUAUUUCAUAAAAAAAUGAUAGAAAACUUUGAUGACCUUGAAGGAGUGUGCAUGUAUAUCGAUGACUUACUAAUAUAUGGGUGUAAUAAAGAGGAGCAUGAUGAAAGAUUGAGGAAAGUGUUGGAAAGAUGUAGAAAAAUUAAUUUAAAAUUAAAUAAAAAUAAGUGUAGGUUUGGGUUGGAAGAAAUAAAGUACUUAGGACAUAGGAUUACGAAAAAUGGGCUGUGUCCGGAUGACAGUCACAUCACGGCUAUUACAAAAAUGCCAAUCCCUAAGGAUAAAAAAGAUGUAGAAAGAUUUUUGGGUUUAGUUAAUUAUAUAGGUAGUUUUAUUCCUAAUCUAUCGGAUAGGGUUCAGCCAUUGCGAGAAUUAUUAAGAAAGGAAAUUGAGUGGCACUGGAAUGAAAGUCAUGAUAAAUGUUUUCAAGAUAUUAAGCUAUGUCUGUCGAGUCGCCCAGUUUUGCAAUAUUACGAUGGGAAUAAACCGAUUAUAAUAUCAGUGGACGCGAGUAAGAGUGGGUUAGGUGCAUGUUUAAUGCAAAACAAUUUGCCGGUCUGUUAUGCAUCCAAGGCGUUGACUAAGGCUGAACAGAGAUAUGCACAGAUCGAGAAGGAACUGUACGCAUGUGUGUUUGCGUGUGAAAAGUUUUAUGCAUAUAUUUAUGGAAAGACAGAUGUGACCAUUGAAACCGACCAUAAGCCGCUGAUAAGCAUUAUUAAAAAACCGAUAACAGACGCUCCUGCGCGUUUGCAAAGGAUGUUAUUAAGAUUGCAGCGUUAUACAUUUAAACUCGUGUACAAGCCAGGUAAGCACCUAUAUAUCGCCGAUGCACUAUCGCGUGCAUAUGAACCGGCGGCCGCAGCCGAGGCGCUUCAUUCGACACAAGACUGUCUGCAUGACGAGGUGUGUGCCGUCACUCGCGAUGCGGCAUCGGCGCUCACGCAAUAUUUUCACAAUGCGCAGUUUAUAGCUUUGCAGAAAGGUACUGAGAAUGAUAGUGAGUUGCAACAGGUGAAGAAGUACAUAAAUAGAGGUUGGCCGGGGGAAAAGAGUGAUGUAGUGGAGUUAGUUAGGCCGUAUUGGAAUUAUAAAGAGAGUUUAUCAGUUGCUUAUGGAUUGAUAUGGAAAAGUGAAAGGGUAGUGGUACCGAAGGCUUUACGAAAAGAAAUGUUAGAGUGGGAAUUUAAGCAUAUUACUUCUUCACCUCAUUACCCGCAGUCGAACGGACAAGUUGAGCGUAUGAUUCAGACGGUAAAACAUAUCAUGAUUAAGACUAAAGAAAAUGGCUCGGAUUAUCGCUUGGCUUUAUUAGAAUAUUUAAAUACUCCCUUGUCAACGGAAUUACCUUCUCCGGCAGAAUUGUUACAGAGUAGGAAAUUUAAAAGCAUUCUGCCGACAUCAAAAAAAUUGUUGAAACCAAAAGUUCAUGAAAAUAUAAGACAGAAGUUAUUAAAUAGGCAAAAAGAACAAAAAUUUUAUUAUGAUCGUAAUGCUAAAGAUUUAAUAAAAUUAGGGAAGGGAGAAAAAGUACGGAUCUAUGACUUGCGGAUCAAAAGGUGGGUACCAGGGACGAUAAGCCGCAUUCUAGCUAACAGAUCUUAUGAAGUGACGACUUUAAAUGGGAAAAAAUUAGUUCGCAAUAGACGACACAUUAUGAUAGACUCAUCGCAAAGACAAGACACGCCUUGCUAUGGAUUUGACUAUGACGAUAUAGAUUGUAAUACAGAGAUAGAAAGAGAACCUAGUCAAAGUCAAAGUAAUAGUACAGUUAAUUGUAACAACUAUGUAACUCGUUCUGGCAGGACAGUGAGGCCUCCGGAUAGAUGGGGGUUCACGUAG